GCGACACCGACCAAGGCCACUCAGUUCCCGCCCGCCGUUGUCGAAUACGUCCAGCGUGCCUUCUUCGAGUUUAAUAGACACAAAGAUGAGCCCGCGUUCAGCGGCAUCACCGACGCCGACAUUAGACACAAGCUGCAGAGUGUAGUCAAAGAAGCAGCCGACUCGGGCACCACAGGCGAUCGAGAUUGGUCGACCUAUCCCUUGCCUCACCAACUCAUAGUUCAGGAGCGCCAACAAGCUGCCCUCCAAUCCGCGCAAAGCGCCAUCUUAGCUAACAUCAACAAACAUAACGAGGCCAUGCGAAACGCUGAAUUGGUCUCGGCCGAGGCCAACUGCAAGAAAAGAAAGUCUCCCGACCAGGAUGUAUUGCAUGAGAACAACCAGCCCGUCACUCCACCGUGGAAGAAGAAGGAUACCAAGCAGGUCAGCAUUGCCGACCGCAUCACCGCCGGUAGCACUAAGAAGCAGAACAAGAAGACCAAGGACAACGGUAAAGCCAACGGGUGGUUUGACAAAAGCCAGGAGGCCCUCGAGCGCCGUAAGCAGCGCUUCGGCCGUGCCCUCUCACCCGACUCCCCAUCUGAUUUUGUUUCCUCCCGUGAUGACUCUCCUGCUGCUGGCGGUCCCAUCGGUCCCAUCGUCGGAACUUGCGAGGUGCUGGAGAAGAAUUACUUCAGGCUGACUGCUCCUCCUAACCCCAAUACCGUUCGGCCGUUGCCUGUUUUGGAGAAAGCCCUCGAGCACGUAAUCCAGAAGUGGAGGAGCACUAAAGACUACACGUAUGUGUGUGACCAGUUCAAAUCCCUCCGGCAAGAUCUCACUGUGCAGCGCAUCAAGACCAAGUUUACCAUCAGGGUGUACGAAGUACACGCACGCAUUGCUCUCGAGAAGAAGGAUUUGGGUGAGUACAAUCAAUGCCAGACUCAGCUGCGUGUGCUGUACAGGAUGAAGUUGGGAGAGAAUGGUGGGAGCGGAGGCCACCAAGAUGAGUUCACGGCUUACCGCAUUCUGUAUUUGCUCUACACGAGGAGCCGCGUCGACAUGAACAACAUGUUGGCAGAUCUAACCACAGCAGACAAGAAGGGCGCAUACGUGCAGCAUGCGUUGAAGGUACGUUCCGCGUUGGCGUCUGGAAACUACCACAAAUUCUUCAAGCUUUACGACGAGGCGAAUGACCGCGCGAUGGUGCCAUAUCUGAUGGAUAUGUUUGUUGAACGCGAACGCCUUGCAGCCAUGGCGGUUAUCAGCAGAGCAUACAAGCCCGACAUCAGCAGCAAAUUCCUUGCCAAAGAACUUGCAUUUUCCGUGGACGAUGAAGAUUCGGUGUUUGAAGCCGAUCACGUUCGAAGGUGCCUUGAUUUCAUCACGCGAUACGGCGGGCAAUCUCUUGUGGAAGAGAAGAACGACGACAUUCGAGUAAACACUGGGAAAGCGGGUAAUCUUUUCGAGGUGGCGAAGCAGUCGGCGUUCGGUCGCGUGGACAUCAAAGGCCAGAUAUAA